AUGAGUGUGGAUAACUUGCAGUUUCUCAACAGUGAACAAGCACUAGCAGAUUUAGCCGCAUUUGUAGAAGCAAUGAAUGUUAAGUUUAAACUGACCGACUGUAAAUGGAUUUGUUUUGGUGGAUCAUAUUCCGGGUCUUUAUCUGCGUGGUUUCGAUUGAAGUUUCCUCAUCUUGUUGCAG